ACAGACGAGAAGUUGCUCAAUCUGCUCUGAGUCUCUCUCACAGGCGGCCUUGCGUCGUCAGCUGUUGCCCCAAAGAGGUGGGUGGCGGAGGGCUCUGAGUUUCGGCGGUCUCUGAUCCUGCAUUCGUUGUGCCGCAGCGGACUCAGGCGUGGUUCCCCACUUCCGAAGUCAAGUUCUGUGCUGGGAUGUGAUGGCCAUCUCGUGCAUCAUCAAUGCCUCGUCCGCGGGCAGCGGCGCUGGCCCGGUGUACUGGAACGGUAGCACCAACUUCCAGAGUCACGUGCGCAUCAUCUCGACCUUGCUGAUCCUCACCUCGGUGCUGGGGGCCCCGCUGAACGGCCUGGCCCUCUGGGUUCUGGGCUGCCGGCUGCGCCGCAAGAACCGCUUCCUGGUCUACGUGCUCAACCUGCUGUCAGCCGACUUCCUCUUCCUCACCCUGCAGGCCGCCCACAGCGUGUGCGCCUUCGCCAUCGUGGACACCGCCCACCCGUCCCUGCUGGCCCUGCGUUGCCUCAUCGUGGCCUGCAAUGUCUCCAGCGCCUACCUGCUGACCUGGAUCAGCGUCGAGCGCUUCUUCAGCGUGGCCUUCCCCAUCUGGUGGCGCCUCUCGCGCACCCGGGAGUCCGCUGUCGUGGCCUCCUGCGUCAUCUGGGCCCUGUCGCUGGGCAUGGGCGUCCUCUACGGUGUCAUCCGCGGAACCCGGGCCCUGUCCGUCGCUCAGGAGGGCCUAGUCGUUGUGGAGUUCGCCCUGGCCUUCGUAGGCCCAUUCCUGGCCUUCCUCUUCGCCAACGCCUUCAUCCUGUGCAGCCCCGGGCGUCCCUCCCGCAAGACCACCAGGCUCUACCGGGCCAUCACCCUCAACGCCGUUGUGUUCCUCAUGUGCUGGGCCCCCUACCACAUCUGCGUCUUCCUCUACUACCGGGCGAUGGUGGCUGGGCCCCUCGCCCGCUGCGUCUCCACUUUCUACGGGGCCUACUACUCCGUCUUUCUGCUCCACGUCAAAAGCUGCGUGAUCCCGGUGGUCUACAUCUCGGUCAGCACCGAGCUGAAGAUCCGACUCCGCGAGUCCCUGCCGCACAUCUUCGAGCGCCGCUUCAGCGAGGAUUCCGGACUCUCGUCCCCCCUGCCCCCUACUGAGAACGACGCCUCCAACAGGAGGUAAACGGCAGCUCGGCCGAGGGAGCUCCCCCACUGGGGCGGGGAGAGAGAAAUCACGGGCUCUCACCCCCUCCUCACCCCAUCUCUCUCUCUCUUUGUGUCUCUCUGUGUCUUUCUCCAUUCCUCUCUGUCUGUGUGUGUGUAUGUGUAUCUCUCUCUCUGUCUCUCCCUCUGUCUGUCUCUCUCUCUCCCUCUCUCUCUGUCUCUGUCUGUCUCUCUCUCCCCAUCUCUCUCACUCUAUUUCUCUGUCUCUCUCUCUCUGUCUCUUCCUCUCUCUCUCUCUGUCUCUCUGUGUCUCCCUGUCUCUCUCUCUCUCUCUGUCUUUCUGUCUCUCUCUGUCUCUCUCUCUCUCUCUCUCUUUCUGUCUCUCUCUGUCUCUCUCUCUCUCUCUCUCACUCUCUCUGUCUCUCCCCCUCUCUCUCUGUCUCUCUCUGUCUCUCUCUCUCUCUGUGUCUCUCCCUCCCUCUCCCCCUCUCUCUCCCUGUCUCUAUCUCUCUGUCUCUGGUGAAAAUGUGUUGCUGGUUAAAGCACAGCAGGUUAGGCAGCAUCCAAGGAACAGGAAAUUCGACGUUUCGGGCAUAAGCCCUUCAUCAGGAAUGAGGAGAGUGUGCCAAGCAGGCUAAGAUAAACUCUCUCUGUCUCUCCCUCUCUCUCCCUCUAUCACUCUCUCUCUCUCUCUCUCUCUCUCACUCCCUCUCCCUCUUUCUCUCUCUCUCUCUCUGUCUCUCUCUUUCUGUCUCUCUCAGAGCCACCACCACCCCUCCCCCACUACCCUCAGCCUCACCCCUUGCAGUUCUUCCACCCCACCGCCCCCAACAUGGGCACAGCUCGGAAGUUCAGCCCACACGCUGCCCCCCCUGUUGGUGAGACCUAUCAGACUCACCCACCUCUCGGGCCCGACGCGUGGCUCGGUCAGACGAUCGCGUGCAACUCGGUCGUUCCUCGUCACAGAGCAGGCUCGUCGAUCAUGCCCACUCCUGUGGGGGGAGGGGUGCGGCACCCAGACAGCGAGGAAGUUGGGCUUCGACGAUGGGCGAGUGGGGAGUGUUCUCCAGUUCCCGAGUUACGCAGGAAGCGUUGCUCGCCUUUGACCUUCCCGUGACUCUGGGCUGGGGGAGAGACUGCUGAGCUGUUGGUCCCCGCUCACCCUUCACCCCAUCAGGAGGAUAUCCUUCCUCCUGGACGCAUGUGGUCACCUUUCACCUCGAGCAUGACGUCUCCAAUGCAGGGGGAGACCGCCUGGUCAGGAGAACUCCCGGAGGAUCUUGGGAAGUCCUCACACCGAAACAAUCCUCCAGAAAGCGCCGGAAACCAAGCACCCAACCCAACACACGCUCAUUUAUUGACCAUCGUGAGUCAACGGAACAACAGAGAGAGAGAGAUAGUUGGAAAUUAGAUCAGGAGCAGACAGCUGAUCCAGCGAGGGAGGGCGUCUCAGUGGUUAGCGCUACUGCCUCACGGUGCCAGGGACGCAGGUUCGAUCCCAGCCUCAGGGGGGGUCACUGUCUGUGUGGGAGAUUACACAUUCUCCCCGUGUCUGCGUGGGUUUCCUCCGGGUGCUCCAGUUUCCUCCCACAGUCCAAAUAUGUGCAGGUUAGGGUGGAUUGGCCAUGCUAAAUUGUCCCACAGUGUUCAGGGAUGUGCAGGUUAGGGUGGAUUGGCCGGGCUAAAUUGUCCCAUAGUGUUCAGGGAUGUGUAGGUUAGGGUGGAUUGGACGUGCUAAAUUGUCCCACAGUGUUCAGGGAUGUGCAGGUUAGGGUGGAUUGGCCGUGCUAAAUUGACCCAUAGUCUUCAGGGUGGUGUAGGUUCGGGUGGAUUGGCCGUGCUAAAUUGUCCCACAGUGUUCAGGGAUGUGUAGGUUAGGGUGGAUUGGCCGUGCUAAAUUGUCCCAUAGUGUUCAGGGAUGUGUAGGUUAGGGUGGAUUGGCCGUGCUAAAUUGCCCAUAGUGUUCAGGGAUGUGCAGGUUAGGGUGGAUUGGCCGUGCUAAAUUGCCCCACAGUGUUCAGGGAAGUGUAGGUUAGGGUGGGUUGGCCGUGCUAAAUUGUCCCACAGUGUUCAGGGAUGUCCAGGUUAGGGUGGAUUGGCCGUACUAAAUUGUCCCACAGUGUUCAGGGAUGUGCAGGUUAGGGUGGAUUGGCCGUGCUAAAUUGUCCCACAGUGUCCAGGGAUGUGUAGGUUAGGGUGGAUUGGCCGUGCUAAAUUGCCCAUAGUGUUCAGGGAUGUGCAGGUUAGGGUGGAUUGGCCGUGCUAAAUUGUCCCAUAGUGUUCAGGGAUGUGUAGGUUAGGGUGGCUUGGCCGUGCUAAAUUGUCCCAUUGUGUUCAGGAAUGUGUAGGUUAGGGUGGAUUGGCCGUACUAAAUUGUCCCACAGUGUUCAGGGAUGUGUAGGUUAGGGUGGAUUGGCCGUGCUAAAUUGUCCCAUAGUGUUCAGGGAUGUGUAGGUUAGGGUGGAUUGGCCGUGCUAAAUUGUCCCACAGUGUUAAGGGAUGUGUAGGUUAGGGUGGAUUGGCCGUGCUAAAUUGUCCCACAGUGUUCAGGGAUGUGUAGGUUAGGGUGGAUUGGCCAUGCUAAAUUGUCCCAUAGUGUUCAGGGAUGUGUAGGUUAGGGUGGAUUGGCCGUGCUAAAUUGUCCCAUAGUGUUCAGGGAUGUGUAGGUUAGGGUGGAUUGGCCGUGCUAAAUUGUUCCAUUGUGUUCAGGGAUGUGCAGGUUAGGGAGAAUUGGCCGUGCUAAAUUGUCCCAUAGUGUUCCGGGGUAUGUAGGUUAGGGUGGAUUGGCCGUGCUAAAUUGUCCCACAGUGUUCAGGGAUGUGUACGUUAGGGUGGACUGGCCGUGCUAAAUUGUCCCACAGUGUUCAGUGAUGUGUAGGUUAGGGUGGAUUGGCCGUGCUAAAUUGUCCCACAGUGUUCAGGGAUGUGCAGGUUAGGGUGGAUUGGCCGUGCUAAAUUGUUCCAUAGUGUUCAGGGAUGUGCAGGUUAGGGUGGAUUGGCCGUGCUAAAUUGUCCCACAGU